AUGAGAUGGUGGUUAAGAAACGCUACAAGAAAUUUUUGGAGGAUGUCUGUUGUAAACCGGCGAAGCUUGAAGAAGGAGAAAAAACAGAGGAUCGAGGCACAACAUGCAAUUCUUAAGUUACAACAAUUGCCGUACAUCAUCAAAUUUUGGGGAAAAUCCUACAUUCCAGAGUUGGGGACCGUUUUGGUUUAUGAAUGGGCGAGUCAUGGUGCUCUGAAGGAAUUAUACGAACAGUAUGAUCUCUAUUGGUAUGACAAGUUGAGGACCGCUGUUAACAUAUGUUGUGGGUUGCCUUUUUACAAUUCUUCAUCACGAUAUUCGAUGCGCCAACAUCUUGGUAAAGUAUUGUGA